AUGUCCAAUCUUCCUCCCGUCUACAUCGUCUCGGCCGCCCGAACCCCCAUCGGCUCGUUCCUCGGCUCCCUCUCCAGCUUGAGCGCCACUCAGCUCGGCUCCGUCGCCAUCAAGGGUGCCGUCGAGCGUGCCGGUAUCAAGCCCGAAGAGGUCGAAGAGGUCUACUUUGGCAAUGUCCUCUCCGCUGGGUACGGACAACCCACCCUGCUUCCCACCACAACCAUACAAUCAAUAUUACUAACACCCGCGCCCAACCAAAACAGCCUCGGCCAGGGCCCUGCUCGCCAGUGCGCCAUCGGCGCUGGCCUGCCCCAGUCGACCAUUUGCACCACCGUUAACAAGGUCUGCGCCUCGUCCCUCAAGGCCAUUGUCCUCGGCGCGCAAAACAUUAUGCUCGGCACCUCGUCCGUCGUCGUCGCCGGCGGCACCGAAUCCAUGUCCAACACCCCGCACUACCUGCCCAACCUCCGCAACGGCGCCAAGUACGGCGACCAGACGCUCGUCGACGGCGUCCUCAAGGACGGACUGACCGACGCCUUCCGAAAGGAGCACAUGGGCCUCGCCGGCGAGCUCUGCGCCUCGGACAAUGACCUCUCACGCGCCGCCCAGGACGAGUACGCCAUCAACUCGUACAAAAAGGCCCAGGCUGCCACCGCCGCCGGCCUCUUCAAGGAGAUUGUCCCCGUCGAGGUCCCCGGCGGACGCGGCAAGCCCAACAUUGUUGUCGACAAGGACGACGAGGUCAAGAACCUCAACGAGGACAAGCUCAAGGCCAUGCGCCCGGCCUUCAAGUCGGACGGCACCAUCACCGCCCCCAACGCCGCCCCCAUCAAUGACGGCGCCGCCGCUGUCGUCCUCAUGUCCGAGGCCAAGGUCAAGGAGCUCGGCGUUACGCCCAUUGCCAAGAUCCUCGGCUGGGGCGACGCCGAGCGCGAGCCCGAGCGCUUCACCGUCGCGCCCGCCCUCGCCAUCCCCAAGGCCAUCAAGCACGCCGGCCUCACCGACAAGGACGUCGACUACUACGAGAUCAACGAGGCCUUUUCCGUCGUCGCCCUCGCCAACCUGAAGCAGCUCAACCUGUCGGCCGACAAGGUCAACGUCUACGGCGGCUCCGUCGCCAUCGGCCACCCGCUGGGCUGCUCUGGCGCCCGCGUCCUCACCACCCUCACCUCUGUCCUCAAGGAGAAGAAGGCCAAGAUUGGCUGCGUCGGCAUCUGCAACGGCGGCGGCGGCGCCUCUGCCCUGGUCAUUGAGAAUCUUCAGUAA